UAGCCGGCGAAUGGCCCGUCCAUGCCCGGCAGUUGGAAUGCAUAGCCGAGCUUCCCUCUCAACCCUCCCGACGCCAUUCCGGCACUUAGUAUUAUUGUGGUCAGCAACUCUGCAUCCCGGCGGAUGUGUCUCGGCUGGCCUGGCUCACCCCCUUGAUGUAGGCUGAGUAGUGUCCCGGCUUACAUUUUAGAUGCUUCAAGUUGAUUACAUGCGCGAACGGUAGACCGAAUUGCGGACAUAUGUAUUCCCAGUGUGAUACGGGGUGUCAAUACCAACCUCACUUCCUUGUCUACUACCAUUGUUGCUGGUAUACGGAAACAUCUUCUAUCCCCCUCCUGAAUAUAUGAAUAUAUAUAUGAAUAUGACAGCCCCCCUCCCCUUCUCCUCGAUCCCAACCAUCGACCUCUCCCUCGCCGACUCCCCCGCUACAAAGCCCGCCCUCCUCCAAAAACUCCACUACGCCCUCGUCUCCGUCGGGUUCCUCUACGUAUCCAACCACGGCGUUCCAGAGAACGUCAUCGCAGACCUCGCCAACGUGCUCCCGCAGCUGUUCAGUUUGCCCGAGGCGGCCAAAGAUGAAAUUGCAUUGCGCAAUUCGCCCCAUUUCUUGGGAUAUAGUAGGGUAGGUACGGAGACGACGGGGGGAAAAGCUGAUAGACGGGAGCAGGUGGAGUUUGCGACGGAGUUGGAUGUCACGUAUGGGCCCGGCAAGCCACUGUAUGAACGAUUGAGGGGGCUGAAUCAGUGGCCCUCCCGCCUCCCAACCGUAAAACCAAUCGUCCAGUCCUAUAUCUCCCACCUAACCUCCUUAGGCGAGCGCUUCCUCCACCUCGUCGCCGAAGCCCUCGCCCUACCUCCCCAAACAUUCCUCCCCUUCCUCUCCGACCAGCACCGCCUAAAACUAGUCCGCUACCCGGGCACCACUGCUCCCACCGCCGAUUCCGGCGAAACACCCACGCAAGGCGUCGGCCCGCACAAGGACUCCUCGGGCUGGUGGACGUUCCUCCUUCAAGCCUCCCCGCCCUCCGUGAAGGGGCUGCAGGCGCUGAAUAAAGCCGGCGGCUGGAUCGACGUUCCCUGCGUGCCGGGCACGUUCGUGGUGAAUAUCGGGCAGGCGUUUGAGGUUGUUACGAAUGGGGUGUGCAAGGCCACGACGCACCGGGUGGUUAUGGAACCUGGGUCGGCGGAGAGGUUUAGCGUGCCGUUUUUCCAGGGGGUGAGGGGGGAUUUGACAAAGGAGGAGGCGUUGGGGAGGCUGAAGGAGUUUUGGGAGGUUGGUUUGUUGGGUGGUAGUGGUGGUGACGGGGGAGAGUCUGAGGAGGGGAGGGGGAUUGAUUCGCCGUUUUUGAGGGGGGAGUAUGAUACGUGGGGUGAGUCGCAGCUGAGGACGAAGGUAAGGAGUCACCGGGAUGUUGGGAAAAGGUUUUAUGGGGAUGUUUUUGAGAGGUAUGUUAAUGAUGAUUGAGGGGGUUGGUUCAGAAAAGGGAUAUAAGUAUUUAGAUAUAUUAAAUCCAUUAAUUUAUGUCAAUAAUCGACGAAUGCCUAUUUAAGUAUGUACUCAAGUCAGAGAGGAGUUCCUCCUCAAUUUUAUACAGCUGAAAAUAAACCAUCCACAACUAAAGCGUACAUCAGUAUUAUAGUUACUUGAAAGGUUAAAAAAAAUCAAAUGACUUUUCCC